AUGGCGUCAAUGACAUACGAUGAGUACGUCGUUCAAUUAGAAAACUUCACCACUCGUUAUCCCGAGUGGAAAACCUCAAAUGGGGAGGCAGGCGUCACCGCUUACUAUGAAUCAACAAUCAAAACAGAUAACAAUACAGAGAUGCGACCCGCCAACCCCAAAGCCUUCAAAAAACCAAAAUCCACUGCCGACCCAAAACUUCGGAACUUUCUCUUUCAAAUGCUGCUUAAAUCUGAAUAUGACGUGAAUCUUGCCGAAAUCAUAAAAUGGACAAAAAAAUCCGAAUUGGAAUUCCAGUUGGUAGAUCCAGAAGCAGUUGCAAGGAGUUGGGGGAUUCAAAAGGGUGGGAAGAAGACGAAAAUGGAUUAUGAAAAUAUGUCCAGAAGCAUCAGACUGUAUUACACGAUGAAUCUUAUGAAGAAGAUCCCCGGAAAGGAUUUCCGUUACCAAUUCAUUGCGGACGAGUGGACAAAAGCUGAAAUGGAGAAAUGGAGUGUUCGACGAUUUUCAAUUGCUUCGAUAUUAGGAACGGAGUGCACAACGGAAAAUAACACCAGCAAUAUUGCGAACGAUGACGAAGAAAAGCGAAAGGAAAGAGAACUGUUGGAGAAAGAUCGAAAAAAACGAGAGCAACGUCGUCGUGACAACAAGAGCGGAAGAAAGAAGGCAAAGAUGGGAGAAGGAAAGAGGCUUCAUCGUGGAGAAUCGGAAGAUGGCAAUAACUCCUCUUCCGACUCGGAUUCUGAUUCCGAUGAUGAAAUGCGCAAAUCGCUGAAAAAGACGAAGCGAGAGAAGGAGGAGCUCGAUAUAGAGAGUAUCUUGAAGAAAGCGGAAAUCGAUUUUAGAGCUUUCGACGGCUUCAUUCAGAAUAUGAGUGGCGAGACACGAGUGAAUAUUGUGGUCAUGGGAGAGGAGGUGGAAGUGACUCUCAUUUUAUCGUUUGAUUUGGUUUUCAAUAUCCCACAACUAUCUGUCAUGUUGAUGAGAACGGGAGGAUUACCGUAUGCGAUGAGCGAGUUGAAUCUAUUACUAAACUCCAUUCCGCUUCUUCCAUCUAGAAAACUCGGAUGGUUCAACACAAAUUCCACCAGAUUUAGGGACAUUAUGGAGGCUACGAUACAAACUUCUCUGCAAGAGGGACGAUCGCUAUUGACUCGAAAUCAUUUUCAGCUUAUACAUAACACAAAAAAUAGAUUUCUUGGAUGA